AAAACGGUGUUUGUUUCCUUUUUUCUUUUUUCAAAAUGGUCCAAAAGUUUCGUGAAAUAGCGAAUUUACCCCAAAGUUGACUCUUACUUUAACCCUAUAAAAGCUAUCAAAAUCUUCAUUUCCGCAAAGCCUCAAAAGAAAAGGAUAAAAACAACAGAAUAAUGCCUUCUCCUCCUUCCUUUUCCUUUCACCACCGUUCCUCCGCCGAAGACGCCAUUGCCGCCCUCCACUCUGACAUCCUUCAAACUCAUAUUCUCACCCGUCUCGACGGUGCGGCUUUAACCUCCACUGCCUCGACCUCUUCACGCUUCCGUCGUCUCUCCAGCGAAGACCAACUCUGGCGCCGUGUUUGCUCCACCUCGUGGCCGUCCAUAACUCAUCCGAAACUCCAGCAACUCAUCUCCACCUUCCCUUCCAAACACCAAUCUUUCUUCUCCGACGUAUUUCCUGUCCUGGAUUGCUGCUCACUCCGUUGCGACCUCGACUACCGUUGUUCCUCAACCGCAGAAUUAAUCUCCGCCGUCGACAUUCAUUACAAAAACAAACUCCUCUUCUCGAAAGUCCAUUCAAUCGAAACCGAAACGAAUUGGUUUCUCUGUUCCCCUUUCCGCGUCGACCUAAUCGAUCCAAAGGAUUCAAUUCCAUCGCCAAUUAGACGAAGCGAGAAAUACGAAGAUUGGUUGGGGCAUCUAGAGGAAAACCUAACAGUGAGUUGGAUAAUAAUCGAUCCAAUAAAUAAUCGAGCGGCGAACAUCUCGAGUAGACAGCCAGUGAAAGUGCGAAGACAUUGGUUAUCCGGGGAGAUACAAGUCCAAUACACGACGGUGAUGGGCGGGGAUCGGAGAGCCGGGUCGGCGGUGGAGAUGGUGGAGUGUGCGGUGGUGGUGAGUUGUGGGGAGAAGGAAGAAGAAGGGAUGGAGAUGAGUGUAACGGAGGUGAGUAUGCAGAUGUUGGAUAUGGAAGGGAAGCAUUUGAAUGGGAAAGAGAGUUUGGGGAUUUUGAGGGAAGCCAUGGAAAAGGGGAAGAGAAUUAGGGGAAGAAAAGGGGAUGGGAAAUUGAGAUAUGAAGAAUAUGAAGAGAUGAAGAGGAAGAGGAAAGCGAGGAAGGAGAGGAUUGAGAAUGGUUUGGAUAUGCUCUGUAUUUUCACCGGAAUCGCCAUUCUUUUUUCUUUCUCUUCCUUCAUCUUCUUCUCCUCAUAAACAUAAAAUUCUACAAAAUACUCUUUUAUUUAUUCAUUCAUUUAUUUAUUUACUUUUCUUUCUUUUACAAUUUUAUAUAUUGAUUUGUAAAUAUUUCAUGAAACACACAGAAAUUAUUAUUGGAAAUUUAGUUUAAAUAAUAUCAUAUUUGUUUCUUUUUA